UUUCACUCUUGUUCACGUAGAAGAUAUAAAUGAUCUUGUUCAGUACCUCGACAGUUAUGCUAUCAAAUUUAGUUUCUUGGUUUCGAUUACCAAAUUAUCUUAAAUAUAUUCUUUGGUUUAUGACUUCGCUUUCACCUUGGAAUUAUUUUUUUAUCUUUCAGAUUUCAAUUCUGGCCAAGUGAACUUCUGCCUCCAAGCUUAUGAACAUCUUUGACGCUUAUCUAACUUAAUCAUAGCAGUAUGUUGAGUCAUAUUUCCUCUGGGCAAAGUCUGUGUUAAGGACGUUGUCAUCGAGUUCAAACAACCUCUUAGAAUGAGUCAUGAAAGACAGUCUAACUCAACGAUCUCCAAUCCCAGCCUAUCUGGUUUGGCGCUAAAUCUAUCUCAGGCAUCAAUACCAACUGGACCAAUUCUUCUUCCACCGUUUAUUUCCCAUAGAGCUGACGAAUUAUCGUCUUUCAUUGGAGAAAAUCCAGUAAACACAAAGACAUCUAUACCAGGAAGUGAAGAGAAAUCUCUCGACUCUGGAUCAAGUCUUGCAAAAAACACUCAUAUCUUGGAAGUAUCACCGCCUUCAGCUUGUUCCGUCAAACCGAUCGCUUCCACCACAGUCAAGUCAAAUCAGCGACCUCGUUAUGUUUUACCCCCGGAUAUCAACACUUUUUCAUCUAACACUCCAACCAGCAUUACCAACAUACCUCCCAAUUCUUCAAUCAAACCAACUUUUAAACCAAAUCAAUUACUUCCUCCAUUUCCCCCAAGUAAUCCACAAAAUAAUAUACAAACUGCCCAACUUCCUGUACUCAUGGAAACAACAGAUCAGCAAACACAGUGUCCCAAUCAGAAUAUUGAUCCAGCCUCAUCGAUCUCAUCUUCCGUAUUGAUGAUAAUAUUUAGUGGUAAUAACUCGUCAAGCAACACACCUCUUUGCAUUCCCCCUCCUGAUUUCACAUUAUUCACUAGUCUUGUUUAUUCAUUUGAACAUUAA